GUGGCUCGAGGCUCGUUUCCUCUGCGCGUGGAACAAAAGUACAAUCAUACUUUUGUCGGAAUUCUCGGUAGUGAGAGUAGUGACUCUCCACGAUCUGUUCACUUUCUCUCUCCUAUAACUCGGAUCACCACAUGACUCCAUCUCCUCCUCCUCCUUCCUUUCCGUUGACACAGAACCAAUCUCCCCAACUCCUCAUUGUCUCUCAUCUCUUCGUUUAGAUCCCAAAAAAAAGGCAAAGACUUUGAGGGAUUUAAUUGAUUGAUGUCUUUGGUAUCUGGAGCUGUAUCGAGUUCCACCAGAGACAUGGGAGGAGACGACGAAAGCACGUCGAGAACUCAUCGUCACAACGAUGGCACAGACGACGAGGGUGUUGAAUCCUUGGGGAGGCAGAUGAGCGAGUCUUCUAUCUGCGCUACAGAGGAUGAAGAAGAAGACGACGAUUCCAAAUUGCAUUUGGGUCCUCAGUACACUAUCAAAGAGCAUCUCGAGAAGGAUAAAGAUGAUGAGAGCUUAAGGAAGUGGAAGGAACAGCUCCUUGGAAGUGUUGAUGUCACCAACAUUGGAGAGACUCUUGACCCUGAAGUGAAGAUCAUUAGCCUGGCCAUCUUAUCCCCUGGAAGACCAGAUAUUGUACUUAUGGUUCCGGAGAAUGGGAAUCCAAAGGGAAUGUGGUUCACUUUGAAAGAAGGGAGCAAGUACUGUUUGAAAUUCACGUUUCACGUUAACAACAACAUUGUCUCUGGUCUUAGGUACACCAAUACUGUUUGGAAGACCGGUGUUAAAGUGGAUAGAACAAAGGAAAUGCUUGGAACCUUUAGUCCUCAGUUGGAGCCAUACAACCACGUGAUGCCGGAAGAGACCACUCCUUCUGGCUUGUUUGCUCGAGGAUCAUAUUCUGCAAGAACUAAGUUUCUUGAUGAUGAUAAUAAGUGCUACUUGGAGAUCAACUACAGCUUCGACAUCCGUAAAGAAUGGCCUGCGGUUUGAAAACUUCGAGAACAAGUUAUCAUGAGAUGAUGUGUUGUCAGUAGAAGUUGCGUUUGUUUUACUCCUUCUUUUCAUCGUUGAACAUAGUAUUGUUUUUUCUUUUUUCUUUUUUAUUUCCGAUCAUCAUGGUAGAACAAGAGCGACAUUUACUUCCUCUUUGAUCUUGAUUUUGUCUAGUUUCUCAAGUCCAACUCUCCUGCUUCUUAACAUGUGUUUGAUGAUAUGAUUGUGUAAUACUCAUAUCCUAAGAUGUAAAAUGAGUAAUUGUCUCAGUCAAAAGCUGAAAAGAUGGAAGUUACAAAGACAAAGUUCAAGAGAAUGAUAUUUUAUUUAUUUA